CCGCUGAUCACAUGAUCUGCCCUGAUGGCUAAGCAGCUGGCGCUGAGCUUGCUGCUCUCUGUUUGCCCCUUCAUUCUCAGACCCGGGGCAAAUGGGGGGCCGGCGGGGAAGUGCGGAUACCAGGCCUGCCCUGCUGUCAAGCCCGGGAUGCUGAAUGUUCACCUGGUCCCUCACACUCAUGAUGAUGUGGGGUGGCUUAAGACAGUGGAUCAGUAUUAUUAUGGAGGGAGGACUGACACACAGCGUGCUGGAGUACAGUACAUCCUGGACUCUGUGAUCCCACAGCUGCAGGCCGACCCGAGUAAGAGAUUUAUUUACGUGGAGGUUGCUUUUUUCUAUCGCUGGUGGAGACAGCAGACUGACCGGAUGAAGGCGGUGGUGAAACAGCUGGUGGAUGAAGGUAGGCUGGAGUUUGUUAAUGGAGGCUGGUGUAUGAAUGACGAGGCCACCACUCACUACAGCUCCGUCAUUGAUCAAAUGACCCUGGGCUUCCAGUUUCUGAACGACACAUUUGGAGAGUGCGGCCGACCCCGUGUGGCUUGGCACAUCGACCCGUUCGGGCACUCCCGAGAGCAGGCAUCCCUCUUCGCCCAGAUGGGCUUUGAUGGCUUUUUCUUUGGCCGCCUUGAUUAUCAGGACAAGCAAAACCGAGAAAGUGAGAGGGAAAUGGAGCAAGUGUGGAGAGCCAGUGCGAACCUGCCAGAACCCAGCGCCAAUCUGUUCACAGGUGUUCUUCCCAAUGGAUAUAACCCUCCCAGAAUGCUCUGCUGGGAUGUGCUUUGCUCCGAUGAGCCCAUCAAAGACGACACAAAUUUGGAUGAGUACAACGUGGAUCUAAUUGUUAAUUAUUUCAACCAGACUGCCCACAAGCAGGCAAAGCAUUACAGAACCGAACACAUCAUCAUGACCAUGGGAUCGGACUUCCACUUUCAAGAUGCAAACAUGUGGUACAAGAAUCUGGACAAGCUCAUCAAAUAUGUGAAUGCUGCGCAAAAAACUGGGAAUAACGUCAAUGUGCUGUACUCCACACCGUCCUGCUACCUGUAUCAGUUAAACAGGGCUAACCUGACCUGGUCGGUGAAAUCCGAUGAUUUUUUCCCAUAUGCGGACGGACCCCAUCAGUUCUGGACGGGUUACUUCACCAGUCGGCCAGCUUUAAAACGGUACGAGAGGCUGAGUAACAACUUCCUACAGGUCUGCAACCAGCUGGAGGUUCUGGCAGCUUCUGAGUCUCGCAGUGGUCCUUUUGGUGUUGGAGACAGCUCAGUGCUGAGGAAGGCUAUGGCAGUGGCCCAGCAUCACGAUGCUGUUUCUGGGACAGAGAAGCAACACGUGGCAAAUGAUUACGCCAAGAGGUUGGCCAAAGGCUGGGAUCAGUGUGAGGUAUUGGUCAGCAACGCUCUAGCGAGUCUCAGCGGAAUGAAACAGCAUUUCAUUUUCUGUGACAAACUCAACAUCAGUGUCUGCCCUGGCAUUGAAGAACUGAAUGAAUUUACAGUUACUGUGUACAACCCCUUGGCCAGAGCAGUGAGUGUGUACGUGAGAAUCCCAGUCAAUGGCACUGACUAUACAGUUUAUGACUCCAAAGCAAGUUUGGUACCAAGCCAGGUGGUUGCUGUAUCGAACUUUACGAAGGUUCUGAGGAAAGACCAUGGCUACGCAGUUAAUGAGCUGGUGUUCCAGGUCAGGUCACCAGCACUGGGCUUUAGCAGGUACAGUGUGUCCAGGAAGCUGGGUAGCCCCGUGCUCAGCACACUGACCAGUUCAGCAAGCAAACAGCAGCAUCAGAGAACAGGCCUCACCAUUGAAAACGAGCACAUCCGAGUGCUGUUUGAUGCAGACACUGGUCUCAUCAGUGGGAUUGAGAAUCUGCUCAAGAACUUGUCUCUACCGGUUUCUCAGAGUUUCCACUGGUACAGCGCCAGCACGGGGGACAAGGAGAGCAGCCAAGCGUCUGGAGCUUAUAUAUUCAGACCGAAACAAGAUCAUCCUUUCCCAAUGGCCAAGAACGUGAAGACUUACACAGUCCAGACGGAUUUGUUUCAAGAGGUUUAUCAAAACUUUUCAAAGUGGUGCUCCCAAGUUGUUCGGCUAUACAAAGACCAGCAGUUUGUUGAACUUGAGUGGACUGUGGGGCCAAUUCCAGUCAGUGACAGAAUCGGCAAGGAAGUUAUCACCCGCUUUGACACACCAUUAAAAACUGAGGGGAUUUUCUACACUGAUUCCAAUGGCAGGGAGAUCCUCAAGAGAAGGAGAGAUUACCGGCCGACGUGGCAACUCAAUCAAACCGAGCCUGUUGCUGGAAACUACUACCCCGUGAACAGCCGUAUCUACAUGAAGGACAGCAAGAUACAGUUGACCUUGCUGACCGAUCGAUCACACGGAGGAAGCAGCAGCAACGAUGGUUCUUUGGAGCUCAUGGUUCAUCGGAGACUGCUCCAUGACGAUAACCGAGGGGUCGGGGAAGCUCUGUCUGAGCCGGGUUAUGACGGCACUGGGCUGGUCGUGCGAGGGAAGCACCUUGUCUUUCUUGACACAGUCAGUGCCUCUGCUGAACUCCACAGGCUGCAGGCACAGGCAGAGUACAUGGCUCCGUGGACGGUGAUAGGCCAGGGCCAAGGGACAGCCUACACCUCCCGUCCGAAACACGUCGCAGAGUUCUCAGCCCUGAAGAAGGAGCUACCCCCUAACCUCCAUCUCCUAACCCUGGCUCAGUGGGAUUCCCAGUCCUUCCUCAUCCGGCUGGAACACCAGUUUGAAAUGGGGGAGAGCAGUGUCUACUCAAAACCGGUCACUGUGGAUCUAGCCAAUUUAUUUUCAGCUUUUAAGAUCACUUCUGUCGAGGAAAUGUCUCUGGGUUUCAACCAGCGCAAACAGGAUGUGUCCAGACUCCGCUGGAAGACCAGACCAGAAGGGGGACAUUUCAAGUCAGUUUCCAGCCAGAAGGAUAGCUCGGAGUACGCAGUGGUCCUCAAUCCGAUGGAGAUCCGCACGUUCCGUGUUCACGUCAAGUACCUGUAACUACCCUAGACUGGGAGGAGCGAGGACUGCUGGAACACUGUGAAUGAGCCAGUCAAGCACAUGGACAUUCCAAGCUUGUCCACACUGGUUUUAUCAGGGACAAUGUUGUUGUCAGUUUUGAGUCUGCUGUUUUUACACUUCACUGGAUGAUGCCUUAACGUGACAACACUUUUCAUUUUUAUGCUGACUUCACUUAAGUGCCUGGUCACACGUAGAAGUUUAUCCACAUUUAUACUUUAUGGAACAGUGUUCUGUCAGAUUGACUGCAGGUCACUGUUCCAUGAAAGUGAAGGAAACUUUCUCCCACCCCCUCCUACUUGGCCAUGUCUCUGAUGCCUGUACCCAGGUCCCAUGCAUACCAACAGCCAGAAAUCAAUCCUGUAACUGAGAACAUCCCCCCACUUAAAUUGGCAACUUUUAGAAGUAUCUGUUAAAGCCAUAAGCAUCCCUCCCUGAAUAAAAAGCCCUGAUUCAGCACUAGGUGAAGGACUACAGUAAGUUUCUAUAUUAAUGCUUUUGUGAAAUGACACAUGAAUGGAAGCUUUUUAAAAAAAUCUUUAACAAUAUUAUUUUAAAAACUUAUUGUAUUGUCAAUUUCAAUCUGAAAUUGUCUCUGGUGAAACACCUUCUGGGGCAAAUGAAACAUUACCACUGCA